CCCGCCGAACUUCAUUUCCCAGCCACCCUUUGCGGUCGGGGCCGGAAGUUCACGUGCUGUUUGCUUAGCCUGCGAGAGAGGCGGCGCUGCCUGAAGGAGAGAGAAAUCGGGCUCCGGGCGGGCGCCCAGCCAGCCAGCCUGCAGCUAUGGCCAUCCUCUUUGCGGUUGUAGCCAGGGGCUCCACGAUUCUGGCCAAACACGCCUGGUGUGGAGGAAACUUUUUGGAAGUGACAGAACAGAUCCUGGCCAAGACCCCUUCAGAGAACAACAAACUCACCUACUCACAUGGCAAUUACCUGUUCCACUAUAUCUGUGAAGACCGGAUUAUAUACCUCUGCAUCACUGAUGAUAACUUCGAGCGUUCCAGAGCUUUCACAUUCCUGAAUGAAAUCAAGAAGCGGUUUCAGAACACCUAUGGUUCUCGCGCCCAGACGGCUCUGCCGUAUGCCAUGAACAGUGAGUUUUCCACUGUCCUGGCAGCACAGCUGAAAUACCACUCUGAGACUAAGGGCAAUGAACAGGUGGCAGAGACGCAGGCCCAGGUGGACGAACUCAAAGGGAUCAUGGUCCGCAAUAUAGAUCUGGUGGCCCAAAGAGGAGAAAAGUUGGAAUUGCUGAUAGAUAAAACUGAAAAUCUUGUGGAUUCGUCCGUCACCUUCAAAACCACCAGCAGGAACCUGGCUCGAGCCAUGUGCAUGAAGAACCUCAAGCUCACCAUCAUUAUUGCCAUAGUAACAAUUGUCGUAAUCUACAUAAUUGUGUCAGUUGCCUGUGGAGGCCUCUCGUGGCCUUGUGUAUCGAAGUAGCCACUGGAACCAGCCGGCCGCAUACAAAAGCACACGUGAGCGAGAACUUAUGUGAAGGAAUGACCCUCCUAAAACAAACUCGGACCUCCUAGCUCUUCAUCCUUCCAGGACACACUCAAAGUCUUUAUUGCCUUACCGCCCCCAGAGUCUGCCACAGCCUUCGGGGGAUGCAUCUCUAUUAAAACCUACUUGAAGGGAGCUUCGUUUGUCUUCAUUGCAGAGCUUCCCCAAGGGGAAGGAAGGCUGUGGAUGGUGGGAGGGUCUAUGCAUAUUUCUGUGUUAUCAUGCUUUGCACUUUACUGUCCUGAGGCCCUGCUGGAGGGGAAUGGGAAAAGCUGAAGGUAACUUCUCCCUAAUUUGGUCCUUGGGAGAAAAAGGAAACCACUGGACCCAAAUGGUUUCACGCUCAUGUAUUUUGGCCCAAGCAGAAGUGAUAAUUAUUGGCUCCCUCCUAUGCUUGCUUUCCCAGUGGUGCCUUUCCUGGUCUUCUCUUGGGAUAUGACUGUCCGUGAGAGGCCCCCUUGUGACCUAGGGAGGGGGGCCUAUUCUAUUCUUGGGCUUGGUGGUGGGGUCUCUUUUGUCAGAGGAAUGGUGAAUGUCUGUAAAUGUUUAUUAUUGUAACAAUCCACUUAUUUGUGGUUUUGAAGAGCUGUUCUGUUGUGCCUGAUUUCUGCGUGUAAUGGGGGGUGUGUGUUCAUCUUUGACUCACUAGCUGGGGCGUACAAGGGAGGGCUUUAUAGCUGCCCUGCUGAUUGAAGUCCUAAAAUGACUACAAAAUGCACAAGGAUGUAAUUAUCUCAUUCUGGAUAUAGGGAAGCCAUGGAAUAAAGCUGGCCAAGAGUAAGAUCCGAGGGGAGGUGUUAUUAGUUGCUAUUUAUCUGAGGGAUGGUGUUAGAGUAGCUCAGAGUGCUUCCAGGAGCUGUUUGUAUUUACUGAAUGUUUUGGGAGAGCAUUUCAGAGCAAUGUCCCAGCAAUGAAUAACUUGGUGUGUUGAGGGGCAAGGGUGACUUCUUGAAAAGCUCCACUCAGAUUCAAACUUGCCAAACCUUUUUACUCAAAUGCUUGAUCUUUCUUUCAUGGGAGAGAGCAGACUAGGAAGUAAUUUGAGUGCUGGUCCAAUGCGUGUUACCCCCACAUACUUGUGUCCCUUUCUUCCACCAGGCAUUAAACCCACCAUCACCCAUGGGAAUAUUCUUAACAGCCCAGUCUCCAUCCCUAGCAGGGCAUUCCUGACACUUAUUGGUGAGCACUGUGGUUCACCUAACCUGUUUCUCUCUACUUUGGUGGGAAGGGUUGAUCUUCUGGCCCUGCUUUGUUCUCAAGCUCUGACAAAAGGCUUCUGUCUGAAAACAGCAUUUCUCCUCUUGUUUUGUCCUUUACCUCUCCCAGGCACAAGUCAAUGUUGCAUUAAUUGUGCAUGCUUUAAGGCUUGUUAGUAAUAAUUUUCUAUGAUUUUGGUUGCCUUUAUGUACUCUAAAAUAAAUGGCUUUCUUCUGUUUUAAAAAUGCACUGAUGCAUUAUUGUAAAAUAAAGUUAACUUGUUUGAAUAAAUCUGUGGUACUGGA